GUGCUCUCCGCGCAUGCGCUGUAGAAGCAACAAGAUGUCAGCUCCCAUACAGCGAGCAUGACCAGAGGUCUGCAGCUCAGGUGUCAUGGGUACAAGGGGCUGAUGUGAGACAGUCCCAGAGGAGACUGCACGGAUGGAUCUCCUGUGCAGGCAGCUGGUGCUCAGAAGGCUGUGGCUGUCUCUCCCUGUGUCACACCAUCCUUGCUUCAGGGGCAUCUCUAUAAAGAGCAGUCUGUCACUGCCCUGGUAUCACGAGCAUUUAGGCACACGGAACCGAAGAGAGAGAGGGCACAAGUCUCCCAUUAAAGUGGAAGAACAUAAUACAGGUAUCCUGAGGACCCCAGGAGUUGUGCCUGUCGAUAAACUGACCAAGGAAACUCUCUGCCAACUCUUAGCACAGAAUGUUGUCUUCAGAGAAGGUCCACUUGUGGCCAUCAACAAACCACAAGGAUUACGUAUUACAGAAAGUUCUUCGGAGACCUCUGUGAUGUCCCUACUCCCAGAGCUGCAGCAGUUACUGCAAAUUGAGUCAGAACUGCAGGUGGUAAAAGCGGCACCAAAGCAGAGCUCUGGACUGGUUUUGCUCUCCAGCUGCCACGUGACUACUAAGAGAUUAGAGGAUUAUUACACUCAGUGUCGGAAAUCGAGGAAACCAUUUACAACGUUUUGUGCCAUAACUCUGGGCGUCCCCAGCCCAGCAGAAGGGGAUGUCAAAGUGGUGCUGAAAGUGGAACAAAUCGGAGACCUAGAUCUGGCUGUGCCCGUGAUGCAUCCAACCAAAGGAAGUCUGGAGAGGAGAGAGGUGAAGAGAACCGAAACCUGCUAUAAGGUUCUAAACUCUGUCGACGAGUGUUCCCUUCUGCAGCUACAGCCCAUGACUACCUUUCAAGAUCAACUUUUAGUUCACUGCACCCUGAAGUUUUGCCCUGUACUGGGUGACCACACUUACAGUGCACGGGUGGCCAAGGUUUUAGGACAGAAUAUCUGCGUCCCUGUUGAAAAUGCUCUUCCCAAAACACAGCUGGUAGACGAGAGUAUUCUUCGUAGGAUGCAUUUUCCAUUGCAUCAGGUGCAUCGUAUGCCUCUGCACCUUCAUCUGCACCAGCUCCUGAUGCCAAGCGACCGCAGAGGGCAGUACCCAGCACAACUCACAGCUCCACCACCUCCUUUCUUCCAGAAGACUAUGGAGUUGUUGGGCCUCAAGAUGGAAAAGUAGCAAAUGCUUAUUAAGUGCUGGUCACUUCUUCCACCUCGCAUAAUGCUGCCUUGUCGCUUAUAUAUAAUUUCUUUAUUUUUUUUUAUAUUAAAGACAUUUGUUCAGUA